AUGGCAAACUUCACACCUAUUGGUGAGUCACAUUCCAGCCUUUUCCCCAAACUUGUCCAGAUGGGUUUGCUGCAGCCUGUACGCCAAACCAGGCAGAACCCAGCGUCGCCCGCUUACAGAGCCGGUACUCGAUGUGCUUACCACUCAGGGGCGGAAGGGCAUGAUACAAAUGACUGUUGGACCCUAAAGAGGGCUGUGGAAAACCUCAUAGAACAAAAGCUAAUAGUGCUAAAGGACGAAGACGUUCCUAAUGACAAACCAACAAUCCAUUACCGGCUCACAACAACGGGCUGCCGAUGUGGAAAAGAAGCCGAAGGCUACCGCAAAACAAGACAAGGGGGAGAAGAAGAUAAACCUACCCCUCAGAAUACAAAAAAGAAAGAGGAAGCCAAAGUUGAGGCAACACCCUCAAAACAUGUUGUUCUAUAUGUUCCCCGGGGCCACAAGAAAGAACUGAUGUCAUUGAGCCUUCCAAGAAGGUUUGAGCUAAACAAGGGAUCUAAAAUGUGUGUGCCUAAAGGGACCUACGUGGUGCGUGGGCCAGUAAUUUCACCAACGCUGAAUGAGCCCGUGGUUAUUGGCCGCGCACUGGAAAGGCCCAUGACAGAUCCCACUGCCAUUCCAUGGAAUUACAACAAAGCGGUAGUAACUUACAGAGGUAAAGAGAUCUCGGGAGAAGUUAAGGAAAACAACCCGGCUGAGAAAUACCUCAAUCUGGAGGAAGUGAAUAAUGCCACAAGGAAGCGUUUCCCACGUAAGAAGCCAGUGAGUGCUGAAGAAGCAGAAGAGUUCUUCCGAAAAAUGAAAAUGGCGGACUACGAGAUAAUUGACCAACUCUGGAAGUCUCCUUCUCAAGUCUCUUUGUUGUCUCUGCUAAUGAAUUCCACUGAACAUCAAAAAGUGUUGAUCAAAACUCUCAAUGAAGCAUAUUUACCCAUUGAAACCACUGUGGAACAGCUAGAGAGGAUGGCGGAAAGGUUUUUUGCAGUCAAUCAAAUCUCUUUCAGCAAGAAUGAUUUGCCCCCGGAAGGGGCCGCCCACAAUAAAGCCCUUCAUCUGAGGGUGAAAUGCGAGGGAUAUUAUGUGAAAAGGGUCAUGUUAGAUGGUGGUUCUGGGGUAGAUAUUUGCCCUCUUUCAACUCUGCAACGGAUGAAGAUCGGUACUGAGAGAAUCAGGCCCAACAACGUCUGUGUGCGUGCCUUUGAUGGCAUUAAGAGAGAUACAAUAGGCGAGAUUGAUUUGAUACUGACUAUUGGCCCGGUGGACUUCGAGGUGACCUUUCAGGUCUUGGACAUGGAUACUUCCUAUAAUUUCCUCUUGGGAAGACCUUGGAUUCACGCAGCAGGGGCUAUACCUUCUACUCUCCACUAG